AUGGACCAACAACAACUACAAUAUCCAAAGAAUAUUCAAACCAAAGGUGCAGAUAGUGAUGGAACAACAGUUUACAAAACAAUCGAUGAACUAUGGGAAAAGGAGAUAGAACAAAAUAAAGAUAAACAAGAUAAUAAAUGGUAUACUCUUGCAGAUGAUUAUUGGAAGACAGUAGAACCAACGAUAGAAGGUAUGUUGGGAGGGUUGGGAUAUGUCUCUGAUAAGGACGUAACGACAAGUAAUCUGUUUCUUGAAGAAUUUUUUCAAAACAAACAUGGACAAACCAAUCAAAGACCUUAUACAAUGAAAUUGAAUCGUGGUAGAGCCAUGGAUUGUGGUGCAGGUAUUGGUAGAGUAACAGAAAAACUACUUGUUCCUCUUUUUGAUAAAGUUGAUCUAGUCGAACAAAAUCCUACCUUUCUCGAUCAAGCAAAGAAUAUAUUUAAAGAGUUUGUAUUACAAAGAGAGAGAGAGAGAGAGAAAGAGAGAGAAUUAGUUGAAAAAAAAGUAGAAAAUUAUUUUGCAGUUGGAUUGCAGAGUCAUGAUUUUAACAAACAUGCUAUAAAGUAUGAUUGCAUAUGGAUACAAUGGGUGAUUGGUCAUUUGCACGACAAGGAUUUCAUAGAGUUUCUCAAUAAUUGUGCAGAUUCAUUGACAGAUGGAGGAAUGAUAUUCAUCAAAGACAAUGUCACUGCCAAGAAAUCAUUCAUAAUGGAUAAACAAGACAACAGUGUAACGAGAUCACAUGAUCAUCUAAUCUUUCUCUUUGAACAAAGUAACUGUCAAUUGGUAAAGUCAAUCGUACAACCAAACUUUCCAAAAGCUUUAUUACCUGUACGAUUAUAUGCCUUGCAACCAAAACCCAAACAAAAUGUCUCUUCCCCUACUACUAGUAGUACUACGUCACUUUAA